AGGGGCCUGGCCUUCCCGCCCCGCCCCGUCGGCUCCCGGAAGGGAGUGCGCUGGCGCUCUGGCUGCUGCUGCUCCUGUCCCGCGCCCAGGGGUGCUGGCCAUGGCCUGGGCGCGGAGCCUCGCCGGCUGGCUGGGCAUCUGGCUGCUGGUGUCAGCAUUAGGAAUGAUACCACCCCCUGAAAAUGUCAAGAUGAAUUCAGUUAAUUUCAAGAGCGUUCUACAAUGGGAGCCACCUGCUUUCCCCAAAGAGAAUCUGACUUUCACUGCUCAGUACCUAAGUUAUUGGGGUUUUCAAGAUGUAUGCAAGAACACUACCAUCACAGAAUGCGACUUCUCAAUUCUUUCUAAGUAUGGCGACCACACCUUAAGAGUCAGGGCUGAGUUUGCAGACGAACAUUCGGACUGGGUAAACAUCACCUUCUGUCCUGUGGAAGACACCAUUAUUGGACCUCCUCGAAUGCACAUAGAAAUGCUUGCUGAUUCUUUACAUAUGCGUUUCUUAGCCCCAGAAGUUGAGAAUGAACCUGAAACAUGGACCAUGAAGAACUUUUAUGACUCAUGGGCCUAUAAGGUGCAAUAUUGGAAAAAUGGGACUGAUGAGAAGUUUGAAGUUACUACUCAGUAUGACUUUGAGGUCCUCAGAGACCUGGAGCCACAGACAACUUACUGCAUUCAAGUCCAAGGGUUUCUUCCUGUACAGAACAAAGCUGGGAAGUGGAGUGAGCCUGUCUGUAAGCAGACAGCCACUGACGAAACGACCCCUUCCUGGAUGGUGGCCCUCAUCCUCAUAGCCUCGGUCUUUGUGGUCUUCCUGUUCCUUCUCGGCUGCUUUGCCUUACUGUGGUUCAUUUAUAAGAAAACCAAGCACACCUUCCCCUCUGGGAAUUCUCUUCCACAGCACCUGAAAGAGUUUCUGGGCCACCCUCAUCACAGCCCACUUCUGUUUUUCUCCUUCCCGCUCUCUGAUGAGAAUGAAGUUUUUGACAAACUAAGUGUCAUCACCGAAGACUGUGAAGGCAGCAAACAGAAUCCUAGGGUCAGCUGGACCCUGGAGGUCCCAUCAAAGCCAGGACCUCAAGAGGACGAUUCCAAGGAUGAAGCCCUCUCAGUUGGGCAUAGUGACCCCUUGCUUCUCACAUCUGACUCAGAGGUGUGAUCAGAGGGGCCACCUGGGAAAGCUCCAAAUCUAAAACUCUUCAGCACUGAACUUGUUCAGAUACCAAAGAGCUAGGCUUUAAAGGCUU